AUGCAACUUGCGUUUCCGUUCGUCCAGGUCCCCACCGAGGAUAUCUUAUUCGACUUGGAUUUAGCGGUAGCCAACUUGACAACCAACUGUGAGCCUCCUGCCACUGCGACUACCGCCAUGUCACCGAUCCCCCCCACGCCAGUACCCCUACAGAGUGCCUCUCGAUCUCCCCCUCCGACAGUUCCCGAGCCUGUCCAUCGUUUCUGCUACAGCAUUGAGUUGAAGGCACUUCAAGCCACCAAUCCGCUACCGGAGAACUGCUUGGUCUAUGCUAGGUGAGCCCGAGACUAACUGUGUGAAUGUUCGUGUAUUGUUCGCCCCACUGCGUUAUUGACGUUGUCCAAAAGCGCUUUUAUAGACUGAUACUUUUGAGGAGCCAAUCAAUCAAUUUUUGCUCUGUUUAGGUAUGUGUACCCUCUGUUUGGCAGCCGAAGUCCAAUAAUGACAUUGCCACCGGUAGCUCUACCUGGAACCGAUGAGACAGUGCUUCCGCAGGGUUUCUGCACAUUUGAACUUGCGGCCGAACCCACUGAGGUUGUUUCUUUUUCGUUAGGCCCCCUAUGUACAGACUGUUUUUGCCUCUUACGUAAAAGUAAAUAUUGUUUUGGACCAAGUCUUUGGAUCACAACUUUUUCCUCUAGGCUCCGCUUCCCGUGCUUUGUGUUCGCACCUCUUGCUUCUCAGAAAGUCUUCAUCUGUGUCGCGUCACCUAUGUGGCGUAGAUUCCCAAACUUGAGUGUUUACAUCUAAUUUUCGUCUCUUUAUGUCAACUCAUGGGUCCACUUGCAUAUUUAUGUACAUUUAGUGACCUAACUCAUGAAAUGUGUCGAAAUGCACGAAUGAUUGCCGAUCGCUCGCAAACCGACACCAUUUCAUGAGUCAAAUGUCUAUGUUAAUUAAGUACAAGUUUAAAAGAAUUAAAAACAUAAAAGAAAAAUUAUAGGCAGUGUUGCGUUGUUUGGAAAUGUCGAUUUAUUUUGAAAAGUUCAAUAUCCCGAAAACGUCAGAAAUGGCUCUAAUUAAGUAAAGUUCGUUUUCAGAUGUAUAGAAUGUAUUCUCAUACCAAACACACAGUAAAUAUGAAGGUAGACAUAAAAUAACGUCUAAUAACAAUGUUUUAGUGAAGUCUACAUCUAACUAUCGUCUAAUAAGUAGUGUGACUUCAUAUAUGACGGUUUGUCAACUGCCUACAUUCUGGGUGUACAUUCCAAAACAGUUUUCCAGUGUUUCAUAAGUUCCUCUACUUUUUGCAGUUAAAUGCGAUGAGGUUCAACAAGAUAAGCUAGAUUUUGCUUGAUUACGCCGAUGGGGGCGUCGUAGGAUCAAACGUUUUCGUAAGGUGACAUGCCAUGAGGCCGGUCGGUACCUAAUAAAUUUUAAUAGUACUGACAGGUAUGAUAAUAAACAUACCAUUUUGUGUUUAUAGAGAGAACUUUUCUUCCGUUAAAUUAAUUUAUACUUUUCCUUCGUUUUGGAUUACGUUGAGCUUCAGAUCAGCCUCGAAAUAUUGCUGAAUACUUCAUGAUUUUCAGUGUUUUCACCCGAUCGCCCAUAAAGGCAGAUUGACGUACUGAUGAUCGGUAACGACCGUGAAACAGCUGUCUGCGUCUGGCCUGUUGCACUCUUAGCGAGCUGUUCAUGUAUUAGAUUGUGAAUUACCUGUCUGUUGAGAACUUUAAAAUAAGAUUUUUCUUGAGGACAUUUACCGAAUCAGUGAGUGUUUAGGCGCUCCUUUUCACGAAGAUGGUCGUUCGGGUCGCAUUUGAAGACUAAUUCAAACAUCAAACUUCAUUUUCGAGAAAAAUGACUGUCCACAACGAAAUUCAGCAAUGAAUUUGCCUUGGAUCAGUAAGAAGACUUUUUUUAAUAAGUUACCUCUUUAGGAAGUGCUUUAUUGCUGCACUCCGUUGACGGAUCUCUGUGUACUUUGCAUUUUUGCACAGCGAGGCCAAGUAAAAAUUUGACACUUGACGGUUUCUUUCACGUUCCUAAGCAAUACUUACAUUUUUCUACCGUAAACGCCAGAACAUGCCCUUCUCUAUACAUUGAGGCCAUUUUCACUGUUUUUGCUCGCUUUUAGACUCAGUUCUUCGAUUAUGAGUUCACGGCAGAGCGCCCAUAUAAAUACUGAUAUUUUGAUGAAACUAAAAAUGUUUUGCUCGUUCUAUUUCUCAAAAGUGCGCGCAGAAGCUAAAAUACUAGAGAAGUAGUGUGUCAUAUGUUUAGAGCUGGCAAUGACCAUUCCGUGAUGGUCAUCUAUGUGACAUCAGGUAGAACUUUCCAAACGGCAAAAAAAUUUCAACCCACUUAAACGAAGGAAUCUCUAUCUGCGUUAUUAUUGCAGUUUAGGGCACCAAAUCGUACAGAUCUGCUAAUUUGACAUAAAGGAAAUGAUAAAACCCCCGGUUUUCUUAAAAUAACCUUUUUGUUAGCAGGUUGAUAACCAUGGCCAACAUCGGACAUGAAAUAAAAUUUCUAGUCCGGGUAAAUCUGUUUAUUAAAACUGUCGAGGUUGAAUUACUAUCCUUUCAAUGGAAAAGUCGCUCACAUGCGUAACUGGAGUCUAGGACAAGUAUUAGCAUAGGAAAUUGCACGAAUAUGUUCCAACGUCUAUUUUCGCCAAAAUUUACAGAUAUUUUACUUGACAUAAUUACGUAAACACAAUUUCUGAACAAGAAAAGGACAUUUCAUCGAAGGAUGUGGUUGAGCGAACAAAAUGCGCCAUGUUAAAGACGUCCAGAAAUUCUCUAAUCAGUUUUCGUUAUCAUAUUUCACGAGAUAGGUCACGUACUGUAUGUACUGUUGUCGGAGAGGGACUGGAAAUUUGGAAUUUUCGUUUGUAUCUUGUUAACUUUUAUCAUUUGUUCGAAAUCCAAAUCCAUCCCUGGCAGCAUUUAACUCGGGUGCUUUACCGUUCAAACCAUAGUUUCACUUUCAGCCGGCUUUGGCAGGAAAUAUUUAAAAUCCCACGGAGUGACAUUCACCAACACAUUUUAGAUUUUCCCAUUCCUGCCCUGAAAUCAGAGUAGAACGGUGAGCGCUAUUCCAUGUGACGUUUUUAUGCUUGGGAAUUGUUUGCACUAAUAAGGGCACUUGGCUGUCAUUAUGAUCUUCGCAACUAUUUUCAAACAGAACUCAUCUGUUCUUACAUGGCUAUUUUUAACAGUUCCCCCAAUUUACAUGGGACCGUAGAGCUUAUUUUGCCUACAGCGCCAGAAGAGCAGGAUCCUUUUCGAAUAUAUGUAGUUUGCCCUCCUAACCUUUGAUCCUGAUCUAAGAUCAUGUUGGUAAGAAUCUCGAUUUAUUUUGAAGUGGUGAAAAAAAUGCCGUAACAGAGACAUCUAUUUGAUUCUUACUAGUGCUGUCGGAGUCUAAUUUAGUGCGUUUCUGGGUUUCAUCAGGGGACUGGCAUUCGACAGCGGUCAGCGUUUCUCCGAGGAGGGACUAAUCUGAAUAUGACAGACUCAGAAUGUUGUUUACUAACGUAUGAUGAUCGUUAGCAUGUCUUCGCUUUCGGAAUCCCCUGUCAUUCUCAAGUUCGAAUCCAUCAAUUCCACAAUUAGGCACUGAACCAGUUAUAUCUAGCUCAGCAAUAUAUGCAGAUAGGUGCUGGAAUAGAAUUCAUUGUCCCCAUGUCCGCUUGUGCAGCCAGACGCAUACGUCUUUGCAAAAGAAAGGCAAGAGGACCCUUAAGUAUCCUGUCGAUCUUACGACUCUACUCCUUCUGCAUGUCUUUAAAUUGAUCUAGCCGAAAUAGCUGCUUUAGUCAGCUGGGUGCUUCUUCUAUCGCUGAAGGAAGAGCUUCUAGGACUUCUCUCCAGUGCCUUCAUUCAGCUCACACUUUUAUCCGGGUUUCGUGUGAAAUCACUGCUGUCGCGAUAAAAUGACCGCUUUUCCUACUCUUCUUGAUUAAGCUGAAGCAGAAACUGUCGGAGGAACCUCUGGUUGUUGAGGUGAUCGACCGCAGCAGGGCCAACAAUGGAACCGAAGUUCUUCUGGGUCAGGCCUCGCUUUCGCUUGGACAGGUCUUUUCCGAACAACCUCAUCAAUUGGCGCGUUAGUCUCAGUUCAUUCGCUUUCAUGCUCAAUUUUUGGGAACAGCUUGGCAUGUGACACCCAGUUUUUAUUUAAUACGCCGUGCCCACCUAUUUCGUUUACGUAAGUAUUUUGCGUUAGGGAUACUGUUGCGGUUAAGCUUACGACUAGAGUUAAUGGUUAAGGUUGGGGUCAGGGUAAAGGUAAGUUUGCCUGCCGUCUUACCAAUCCAGCCAUCAUUCACCAUUAACGACAGAUCAUCUGUUUUCCGCCCGCUCACGCGUUCUUGAUUCGAAUCUUUCAAAUGGCCAGUCUGUUCCGGCAAAUCCUUGAAGCAAUAAAACAAACAUGUGUCAGAACCGCAAGUUUUCUAAAUGCUUUCCGCAGAUUCCGUUGAUUACCGCCUCCACCUCCCUCACUCACAAAACCCCCAUUAACACCCUUCCUCCAUUACAGGAGUCUCUCUGCCCACUUUUUCAGUGGCACUGCAUACUCAAUCCCUGCCCAACUUUUUUUUAGUAAGAUGUGCUUUGCAUACCGAUUCAUCGGCAAGGCUGCCGUUUCGGUUUCCAGAAGUCGUGUGGUGUAAUCCUCCUACAAAAGCUCCCACCUCACAGCUGCCUAUUUUUUGUUGCACUUUGAGUGAUUGUAAAAGUGGGAAAACGAUAACAAACUUAGAAAGGUUUUAUUCCGAUUCACCGAACUUAACCAGACCUCAGAAGGGAGCCAAUGGAAGUGCGCGAAUAUUCUGUAGAGUCUCGCUCGGAGUUUCGGUUACAAAGAAGACCGAUGUCCAAAAAGUCUUCCUGCAUUUGUUUUCCGGCAUUGCAGUUUAUCCCUUUUCACCAGCCCUUCAUUGUGCGAAGUUUUCACCACGAAAACUGUCCAAGUAACCAUAACCCAGACUCAGGCAGUAACUAUCCAGGACUCGAAUCUAGGCUCCUUACUCGUUGAGCAUCGAUCCAUACGAUCCGGCCCUUGCUCUCCCGGCUGCAGUAGGAAAUUUUUCACUUCGCCUCUUUUUCUGUCUGCGGUUGGUACAUAAGCAACUGGUAACAACGAAUAAGUGCGAGGAGGGACGACAGAGAAUGUGGGUAGAUUGAUACAGUAUCGUUUCGGGCUUAUUUUGCCCCCAUUCAGCCCAUCAUAACCCUGACCAGCAGCUAGGACCAGAAACAAAAACAUGCACACAGACACACCUGCUGCAGUUGGUUUACCACUGGGGUCUACCAGAUGUGUCAUAAACACUUCAUCGAACCGACUUCGGCCUGGUAGUUGGUUGCCUGUUCGUGACCUUUGCCACCCAUACGGAACUUGUUUGCUUCGUGAAGCCAAUAGAUCGGUUUGCGCCCAUUUCUGAUUGAACGAAUAGGUCAACAAUGGUCAUCCCAGUCCCACUUUUGUCGGCCAUAUUUCUCCAACGCAGCACCUUUCACUAAUUAAUUUUAAACCUCUUUUUAAUGUCUGUUAGGGCAGAGGAAUAAGCUCGCGGUCAAUAUGCUGGAGCUGUGCCGUCUAAAAAUACUUUUUUAGACGGCUUCAGAAAAUGACGACGAAUUCGCGUCGGUAUGACCACAAACUCUAGUGGGCUAAAAUAGUCAACCCAAUGACGCAGGCCUCCGAUGUCGACAAUUCUUGAAAACUUUACGAACUAAUACACCAACUCAUAUUCUCUGGUUAACAGGCGUGCGUCAAUCACGUACUCGCAUUGCGACAUACUUUGGAUCUCCGGCACGACUAUUAGAGACCAAGGCUUUCUGCUUUAUUGAGUUCGCUGCAGCGCUCGAUUCUGUCCAUUGUGCGUUCCCGUGGCUGAUAAUUGAGAUGUAUAUGGCUCUGGCAGAAAUCCGCUGUAUAACCAAGACCUGCUAUCGCUCCAUCGCCAUUCGAGCUCUGGUCCAUUACAACCUCUCAGCAGUUUGAUAUUCGGUCUGAUGUUUGAAGGUGUUGCGCCCUGCCGCACAUCCUGUUUUGUCGCGACAUUCAUUCGAUUUUCAGCAGGACUGUACACGGUCUUGACUGUGUCGUCUUGGCGCCAGGACACUGGCUGAGUGUCAUUUGUUUCUCUGCGAACUUGCCCAGCUAGUCUUGGGUCUUGAUAAUCUACAGAAUAUAGCUCCGAGUAUGAAGUCCGAUUAAUUAGUUAACUCUGCAAGACCAAGAUAUUCUCAAGCCGUAUCCCUCUGGCAAGGGGAAAGCACUCAGGGUUGAUGACUGCUGACUUGAAAAAGUGGACAACUUCAAGUGUCUCAGGCGACGCUUCUCGAAAGCGAACAGAGUAAGGGCCAUAUCGUCGCUUAAUUUGAUACUUCCCACAAGAUUACUGUAAAUCUUGGUCAUUUGUGUACCCAUCGCGCCAUCUACAUCACUGUAGUGAUCCGGUUGUACUGGUUAUGCGUUCGAUCAGCCCUCUUGUUCGACCGUGUGUGCUAGGCUGUAUGACGAAUUGGACUGACCACCGUUGCCUAAAAAUGGUCCUCUCACAUCGAUAGUUUGCGUUUGCUGCAACAACACCAUAAAAAUAUCUCAGGCCAUUCAGGAGUGGUGGUCGAGGUGGUUCAGGUACGUUUUCCUUGGCACACUGAAUAGUUGGCGUUGACCACUGUGUAACUAGGUGGAGGGAAAUAGCAAUAAAGUUGACCCGGUACCUGGCUAGGCAGUCUUUUAAGGCACGGAGGUGGUGCUCGGAUCUUUGAAAAUCAGUUUCCAUAACCGGAGAGGGAAGUGCGUCAAGCCCUCAGUUUUCGCUGCCGUAGAUCAUCGCGCGCGAUGAAAUACUAUUCGCGUUACCUCCGCGGCCGGCUGGAUCAGGCAGUAACCCAGUCACACCAACUACAGGUGAGAUUAGAUUGGUGGCAGACUUCUUGUCCACAGGAAUACUCGAAAAAUUCUUUUUUGAAUUAGUCGUCAGUGACAGUUUAAUCACGUCUGGCGCGCACAGUGUAGUUUUAGUCACUUUUUCGGUUUAAUAGCCUACGAUGAGUUUCUAAUUUUACGAUUUGUCGAAAAUCUUCGUCGUUGGUAAAUUUUACGGGUGACAUAUCAAAUUAACGACUUGCCGGUCCAACUUUAAAUUGUGACGUACUUUACAUGACUGUUCAUUGAUCAGUAAAAUCACUUCUCUUGUGCGUUCAGAUUGUUUGCGGCUUCGAAUAGACGGCGUCGCAGCCGUCAAAUCACGCAACAAUGCAGUGACAAUCGCGGAACUGGCCUACUCUCUCACUUUGGAGGAUUUUGGACCGCAUGGAUCUUCCGAGGAAUUCGAUAAAAGGCAACAGCAGCAGGAGAAUGACGAGAAGGAGGAUGAGGACAUUCCACCUGUUUCUCCUCUCAUUAGCCACCCUCGUUCGCCCAACCCCAUCGCGCCCUCUCAUGCGGCAAGCACUAGUUAGACCCCUCUUAUUUUCUAAAAAGACUGAAAAAUAGCAUAUGCUUUAGUGUUUAACGGGAUCAAAGGGCUCCAAAAACAAAAAGCCUGGCUAAUUCCUAACUUCCAGAUGGCCCUGUUUUGGAGUCUGUGCUUUGAUCUAUCUUAGGAUCCUAACAUGUGUCUUACUUGCUCUCAGUAAUCAAUCGUCCAUGUCCUCCUCGAUACAAGGCAUUGGGCCGUUGACUGUGCUAAUAGACGAGGGUAGGUUCUAUUAGCUGCUCACGCCUUCGGAUUUUAUCUCAUGAAUAAAAGUCGAAGGUUUGAUAGACCAACAUCUGAAUACCGUUUACGAUCUGCAGCCCAUUAACAUGGGUUUUUGCCUAACAAGGGAUUCCGUGUUUGGCACUUCGUUUUCAUAGAUUACUAAUGUACACGGAUUGUGCUUUGUAGCCGUAUACAGUUAUGCUCUGUUCACUGUAAUGUGUCUGCGAAUUACCGUCUAUGAAUUUUGUCUGGCGAUUAUGUUGAUUAUGGCAUGAGUUGCUGACCUUGUCAAUGAAUAUGAAAGUUUUUAUCUCACCGGCCUGUGGUAAGGCUUUAUUGAACAAAGUUUUCAGUAAUUCAUUUCACAAGCCAGAAGAACUUCAACUAAGUUCUUAUUGAUGAACGUUGCAAAUCACGAAAUUCCUUCUCGUUCUGUGCAUGUUUGGAAAUGUACGAAUCACUUUCAGCGGGCCCCGUCGACGGUACCAGUUAGGCAUAAACAAAUACACUUGUCAUACGUUUUGACACCAUCUUCCAUCAUUUCUGUUUCAGCCACGUCGACAACGCAUUUCUUCAACCGACGGAUCAGUUGCCUCCUGCUUGCGACCAUCGCGUUCCGCUACCGAUUUACCGACCGCCUUUCCGUCGGUUGAGGUUCGUCAGACACCCGAAUAUCGCGCUGCUCUUGAGCUUGAGCUGUGGCGCGCAGAGGAGGAGGCACGUUUCAAGGCCAGUUUGCGUCAGCGUGAACAGAAGCUCAUGGCUGUCUUUGCUGAGGAGUGGCAACGUCGAGAGAAAGAACGCGAGCUCAUCAGCAAAAAAAGAGUAACUCUCCACUCUGAUCAUGGUUUUUUGCAGUGUACAAGGACUUUGCUUGGCCACGUUUUGGCACCUUAG